UUAUACUUGAGAGUAUGGGAAGUGCAACAGGCAUUCCCUAGGGUCACCAGAGAUACAAGGCUACAGUCUCCAGAGACAAUAAAGGCAAUUAACAGGUUUUUUAUAGUCAUUGGGACACAUGUAGUUCUGAAGAUCUUGGCUCUGUUGAAGAGGUAUGCUCUAAAACAACUUGAUAUGCAACUCAGAUAA